UGGUCAUUUAUUCAGUAGACUCUGCAGAUGUAUUAUAUAUCAGUUUCAUCUGGUAUCUCAUAUAUUGGAUCUAGACCCAAAGUCUAACAAGCAAUUAGUGGUGCUUGUUAAGUAAGCCACCCAUAUAUUUUCGGCAGAUGAACAUCAACAGGGAAAGGGAAUAAAAGUUCUAUGACUGUACUGCAAAAAUGUUUAGAACUGUAGGACAGGCCUUGAAAAGGCAGUGUAGUGGGAAAUAUCUGCAUAAUGUAGCUAAGGCAGAAAAAUUUUGUCCCUCUGGAGUGGUAGUGUUGAUAAAAACAAAUGUUGUCCCAGUGUGCUGGUACAGAACCAAAACUGCAGUUUCUGAACAGGAAACCUUAAGCUACAAAGUUCUUGAACAUAUCAGAGGAAAUAUGGAUUAUGUAACUUCACCAGCUCAGCAAGAAAAGCAGUUCCCAUCAGGCAGUGUCAGUGAUAUGAAGUAUGCCAUUAAAAAAACUUUGUUACUUAUUGCCCAUAAUCCUGAAGUCAAGGUCAGUGAAAUCUUACAGCUGUUUUCCAUGUAUGCUUCUUCAGGGCAGUUUGUGAUGCAAGAUAUAAUUUCAAACAAAACUUUGAUGAAGAGUGUUCAAAGUAAAGCGAUGAAUAACAUUAGCCUCAUGAAUGUCCAUGAUCUGCGACAUCUUGCAACGUCCUUAAGGGAACUCGAGAACCAAAAAAUUGCAUACUUAGGUGCCAUUAGAGGUCACCUAGCCAAUCAGUGUAAAGCAAAAGCAGUGGAGUCAGAGCUUCCAGAAGUUCUUCAGCUAUUUGAUGUGCUUUUGAUUCUGUUUGGAAAUAAUGUGUACAAAAGGAAAGAGUAUGAAACAUUUAUAACCUUAUUUGAGAGUUUUUUAAGCAUAGCCAAUCCUCAUGAGUUAGUUCAGAUUCUUCACUAUGUGGGGCUUAGUAAGAAAAACAGCUUCUCAAAGGAAUUUAUUGAUGAUAUUGUUAAAAAACUUGAGCCGAGGUUCAGUCACUUAUCAUUUUGUGAUGCUGGUAUUUGUGUUUCUGGAAUAUUCAAGUCAGGUGUAAACCUAGAUAAGUCAUCACAUUUGGUGCACCAGACUGUUCAGCAUCUCCAGAAUAGAAUGAAAGAACCGUGUGCUUUGAGCGAUUUGGAGUCCUUCGCCUUUGUGUCCAUGAUUAAGGUUUUGCGAACCGCAAAAUACGAGAACGAUGAAUUCUUUUCUGAAUUGGGUGAAUAUGUUUGCAAGAUGAGUGAAGUCUAUCUUACCCCUCAAGUUAUUCCUCACAUUCUUGCCUUUUUUGCAAAUAACAGAAUAUAUGAGAAAGAUUUAUUCUGCAAAUUAGAACAAAUAACUUUGGAGCACCUAAAGGAUCAUACUUUCAAUGUACGCAUAAGGGACAUUUCACGCUUAUUGUGGUGCUUUAGUCACACAGGUCAUGACUGCAAUCCUCAGCUUUUUACAUUAAUUGACAAGUACCUGUUAUUGAGUCAUAGUUCACAAAUAAGCAAAGAUCAUCAUUUCUCCGAUUCACUUCUCUCAUUAGUGAUAUGUGGUCAUUGCCCAGAGGAUCUCAUCAAGCUGGCAUUCAGGCCAACACAGGUUACUGGACUUCGAGGCCAUCAGAGAAGCAAGCAGCUCUCACGUUUAGUAACGUUAUACGAGUCUCUGAAAAUUGAAGCGCCCGAGCUAAAUAUUGGAAAGCCACAGCUAUCCCAAGGAGAUUUACCAAUGAGAACACUGUCAGAUGAAAUUCAACACCGUCCUGGAUUAUCAAAGGUAAUGGAAGGUGCUGCAUGCAUAAAUGAAAUUUUGGGUGCUAAUGUACUGAAAUUGAAGUUUUUGAUACCCAGCAUAAAUUAUGCAAAUUUAAUUGUAGAUUUUGAUCAUCUGAAAUCAGUUGAAACUUCAUCUUCUUGUGGCUCAUUAGUUGAACGAAACCACAUAUUGGGACAACUUUUAGCAGUUAAAGAUAGAGCAAGUAAUUUAAUUGCAAUUGAGCUUCUUGAGCCACAGUUCCUGAUAAAACCAUCCCUAGAGCCCAUAGGAUUUAUUCGCCUGAAAUUGCGAUUGUUACGCCACAGUGGAUGGGAUAUCAAAAUUCUUUCAUACAGGGAGCUUGAAGAAUGCGGAGAUGACACGAGAGCAAUAGCAGCAUUAGUUUUAGAUAAGGUAUCUAGUUGAUAGUUGUUGAAGUGAUACUUCAUCAGUCCUAGCAAUUUGUAUUAUAGGAUAAGUAUGAAUAUUAUUAUGCUAUGAAAGGAUGUUGUAAAGGUCUGUUAGGAAUGAUUCUUGUAGAUGAUGUAUAUAGUGUACUGUGUGUAAAUUACAUGGCUAUAACUGUUUCCCUCUUUUAA